UUUGCCUUGUUCUGUGUACAUGUAUGUACAGCACUUUGGGUUAAUUGGUGGUUGUUAAAAGUGUUAUACGAAUAAAGCUGCAUUGAAUUGGAUUGGAUAUAGUGGACUUGGACAGAGAGAAACAUGUCAGAUGUUGAAGAGUUUUUCAGUUUUUAGAUGGAGUGUUGAGGUGAAGCAGCUGUCCCAAAGCUGGACAGGUUUCCUCCAAUCAGAGCUGAGUGUGUUUGUCAUGUGACUGAGAGGAAGGAGGAGAACUAAUGUAUGACUCCCCCAGCAGGUUGUUGUUUGUCUACUAUGGAUCAGUGUGAGGACAGAGAGGAGGGAGUCCCUCCCUCUAAAAGAUCUCUGUGUGGAGAUGAGAACCAGAGCAAAGCUCAGAGCCCAGAGCAGCAGAACACACACUCUACUGGACCUGGACCUGGACCUGGACCUGGAUCCAGCUGUGUGUCCAUGAAGAGUGACUGGUCAAAGGAGUCUCCUCCUUGUUUCAGACGAUGUGCAGAUGGAAGGAUCCAGCAGCAGAGACCAGACUGUCCUAAACCCAGCUGUCUGUCCUUCAAGAGCGACCAGUCAAAGGAUGAAUUCAUGACCUUUAAAGACGUCCAUCCAUCUACUGAUCAGAUAGUGGAGCAGCAGAACUCAGAGGUUCCCAGAGCUCAGUCUGUCCAGCAGCAUCACCUGGACUCCAUAUUCAUGCUGCUGGAGGACAACAUGGUGACUUUUGUGAAGAAGGAACUGAAGAAGAUGCAGAAGCUUGUGAGUCCAGAUUACCCAGAAUGCUCAGAGAGUCAGAGGGAGGAUGAGGAGGAGUUGGAGGGUGAUGAUGAAGAUCAGAGGAGCAGCAGAGAGAUGUUUGAGCAGAUCACAGUGUUGUUCCUGAGGAGGAUGAAGCAGGAGAAGCUGGCUGACUGUCUGCAGAGCAAACUUUCUGCUGGAGUUUGUCGACGUGAACUUAAGUCUUCUCUGAAGAAGAAGUUCCAGAGAGUGUUUGAGGGCAUCGCUAAAGCAGGACAGCCGACCCUCCUGAAUGAGAUCUACACAGAGCUGUACAUCACAGAGGGAGGGACUGCAGAGGUCAAUGAUGAACAUGAGGUCAGACAGAUUGAAGCAGCAUCCAGGAAAGCAGACAGAGCAGAAACAAGCAUCAGACCAGAAGACAUCUUUAGAGGCUCACCUGGAAGAGAUGGACCAAUCAGAACAGUGAUGACACAGGGAGUGUCUGGCAUCGGGAAAACAGUGUUAACACAGAAGUUAACUCUGGACUGGGCUGAAGACAAAAGCAACCAAGACAUCCACUUCAUGUUUCCAUUGACUUUCAGAGAGCUGAAUGUGCUGAAAGAGAGAAAGUUCAGUUUGAUGGAACUUGUUCAUCACUUCUUCAGUGAAACCAAAGCAGCAGGAAUCUGCAGCUUUGAAUACUUCCAGGUUGUCUUGAUCUUUGACGGUCUGGAUGAGUGUCGCCUUCCUCUGGACUUCCACAACAAUGAGGUCCUGACUGAUGUUAGAGAGUCCACCUCAGUGGAUGUGCUGCUGACAAACCUGAUCAGGGGGAAGCUGCUUCCCUCUGCUCACCUCUGGAUAACCACACGACCUGCAGCAGCCAAUCAGAUCUCUCCUGACUGUGUGGACAUGGUGACGGAGAUCAGAGGAUUCACCGACCCACAGAAGGAGGAGUACUUCAGGAAGAGAUUCAGAGAUAAGACGCAGGCCAGCAGCAUCAUCUCCCACAUGAAGACAUCACGAAGCCUCCACAUCAUGUGCCACAUCCCAGUGUUCUGCUGGAUCACUGCUACAGUUCUGGAGAAGCUGCUGAGAAGCACAGAGGGAGGAGAUCUGCCCAGAACCCUGACUGAGAUGUUCAUCCACCACCUGGUGGUUCAGACCAAAGUCAAGAAGGUCAAGUAUGAUGGAGGAGCUGAGACAGAUCCACACUGGAGUGAAGAGAGCAGGAGGAUGAUUGAGUCUCUGGGAAAACUGGCUUUUAUUCAGCUGCAGAAAGGAAACCUGAUCUUCUAUGAGUCCGACCUGACAGAGUGUGGCAUCGAUGUGGAAGCAGCCUCAGUGUACUCAGGAGUGUUCACACAGAUUUUUAAAGAGGAGAGAGGGCUGUACCAGGACAAGGUGUUCUGCUUCGUCCAUCUGAGCGUUCAGGAGUUUCUGGCUGCAGUCUACAUGUUCCACUGUUACACCAACAGGAAGGAGAAGGUUCUGGAGGACUUCCUGGGAGAAGACUGGAAAGACAAGAACAGAGACACUCUGGAUGUGUUCCUGAACAAAGUCAUGGAGAAAUCUCUCUUCUGUAAAAAUGGUCACCUGGACCUGUUUGUUCGCUUCCUUCAUGGCCUCUGUCUGGAGUCCAACCAGAGACUCUUAGGAGGUCUGCUGGGUCCGACAGAGAACCAUCCAGAAAUGAUCCAGAGAGUCAUCAACAACCUGAAGAAGAUGAACAGUGAAGAAAUGUCUCCAGACAGAAGCAUCAACAUCUUCCACUGUCUGAUGGAGAUGAAGGAUCUCUCAGUACAUCAGGAGAUCCAAGAGUUCCUGCAGUCAGAGAACAGAUCAGAGAAGUUCCUCUCUGAGAUCCAGUGCUCAGCUUUGGCCUACAUGCUGCAGAUGUCAGAGGAGGUUCUGGAGGAGUUGGACCUGGACAAGUACAAAACAUCAGUUGAGGGAAAACGGAGACUGAUUCCAGCUGUGAGGAACUGCAGAAAGGCUCGAAUUACGCACCGUUCUCUCUUUGAAAGUCACUAUGAAGUCGUGGCCUCAGCUCUGAAGUCCAACCCCUCCCAUCUGAUAGAACUGGACCUGAGCUGGAAUGACCUGCAUGAUUCAGGAAUGAAGCAUCUUUGUGAUGGACUGCAGAGUCCAAACUGUAAACUGGAGACUCUAAGAUUGGAUGAUUGCAGUUUGUCAGAGAUCAGCUGUGAUUCUCUGGUCUCAGCUCUGAAGUCCAACCCCUCACAUCUGGAACAUCUGGACCUGAGUAACAACAGCCUGAAGGAUUCAGGAGUGAAGCAUCUGAUUGGUUUUGUGGAGAGUCCAGACUGCAUCCUGAAGACUCUGAGAUUGUUCAGCUGCAGUUUGUCAAAGAUCAGCUGUGAUUCUCUGAUCUCAGCUCUGAAGUCCAACCCCUCCCAUCUGGAACAUGUGGAUCUGAGUAAGAACUACCUGCACGAUUCAGGAGUGAAACAUCUGAGUGGUUUUGUGGAGAGUCCAGACUGCAUCCUGAAGACUCUGAGAUUGGAGAGCUGCAGUUUGUCAGAGAUCAGCUGUGAUUCUCUGGUCUCAGCUCUGAAGUCCAACCCCUCACAUCUGGAACAUCUGGACCUGAGUGGGAACAACCUGAAGGAUUCAGGAGUGAAACAUCUGAGUGUUUUUGUGGAGAGUCCAGACUGCAUCCUGAAGACUCUGAGAUUGAAGCACUGCAGUUUGUCAGAGAUCAGCUGUGAUUCUCUGGUCUCAGCUCUGAAGUCCAACCCCUCACAUCUGGAAUAUCUGGACCUGAGUCAGAACAACCUGCAGGAAUCAUCAGUGAAACAUCUGUUAGAUCUUAUGGAGAGUCCAGACUGCAGCCUGAAGACUCUGAGAUGGGAUCAGGUGCUGAGGUGGUGACAUGAGUCCUGAUGAUCCAGAUGUUGAAGCAGCAGCUGGUGUGCAGAGACUCUGAUGGACCGUGUUACUGGGAGGUGGACUGGGAACCAGUGUAAAGUGUGUUGUUCUCACUGUAUAGUUUAGUGUUGCAGCUCCACACUGAAUGAUGGAGAAGUGCAGUUAAUGUUGACAUGAUCUGUUGGAGGUUGAUGUCAGGUUGCAGAGUGUGCAGGAAGUUUCAGAAUGUUUGUGUCGGUGCAGGAUUCUAUUUCAGUGGACUUUCUAUUUCCAGCUGCAGUCAAAGUUGUUGAGCUUCUCUACCUGCAGCACAUUGAGCUGAUGAGAACAAAGUGUCCUGGAAGCAUGUCAGCUGAAGCCUUGGAGCCCAGACAGAGUUUAAUGAAGCACAUUGGACUUUAUUCCACCUUGUUUUUUCUCAGUCAAAUAUCCGAGGGAUGAACACCAAUAACAGUCCAUAAACUGCUCUUUUACAGCUCAGUUCAUUCUUUUAGUGUUUUUCUUUCUUUACAUAUUCAUCAUGUGUCAUUUACUGUGGACUUAUUUGUUCAUCUCUGUCAUUCAUUCCAAGCAGCUUAUUUACAGACGCUGCAGUUUUGUCAUGUGUACAAAAUCUGAAAUGUAACAGCGCCCUCUGGUGGUAAUGAUUGGUAACUACACAUUUCUAUUUUAUUUUCCAUCUGUUGCAGUAAAACGUCAUUUGUACGUUGAUGAGUUGUGUUUGUCUGGACAUGACUGUUAGUCAGGAUCAUAAUAGACCAGACUCUGAGCAG